GAAGUUACGCCAAUAGAAUCUUCUACAGCUGCAUCUAUACCUUCUAAUGUUACACCACCUGAGUCUACUCAACCAGAAACUACACCAUCUGAACCUUCAUUAACUGGAUCUACUGCAACUGAAGUUACGCCAAUAGAAUCUACUACAGCUGCAUCUGUACCUUCCGAUGUUACACCACCUGAGUCUACUCAACCAGAAACUACACCAUCUGAACCUUCAUUAACUGGAUCUACUGCAACUGAAGUUACGCCAAUAGAAUCUACUACAGCUGCAUCUGUACCUUCCGAUGUUACACCACCUGAGUCUACUCAACCAGAAGCUACAACAUCUGAACCUAUUCUGACAGUUUCGUCCUCUGAAACUACACCAUCUAAACCUUCAUUAACUGGAUCUACUGCAACUGAAGUUACGCCA